AUGUCUCAGAAGGAUACAGCGAUACAUUUGUUAGCCGGAGGAGUUGCAGGUACAGCUGGAGCUGUGGUGACAUGUCCGUUAGAAGUAGUUAAGACCCGUCUCCAGUCUUCGAAAGGAGUUGGAUUAUCACCACCCUCACCUCCUCCGUCUGACAGCACAAAUAAUGCUAGGAAGAUCUGUUCCAAAAUACCUAAACAUCAGGAGGCCAAAUGGGGCUACAGACGUACGAUGGGCGCGAUGUUCGCAUACAGCAAGCAAGCAGAUCGUAUGCUGAUGUCGUACAAUUGUCAGGUUCAGCAGUGUGCGAGGGCGGGACACGCCAGGCCACCGUCCAGGAUGAGCCUUAUACAGUGCAUCAGACACAUAGUCCAGACUGAGGGCCCUAGAGCAUUGUUCAAAGGCCUAGGACCCAACAUAGUUGGAGUGGCACCGUCUAGGGCCAUAUACUUCUGCACGUACUCGCAAGCCAAGGCGAUAUUGAAUCAAAACAUAUCACCGGACACCCCGAUCGUGCACCUAUCCGCAGCUAGCGCUGCAGGUUUUGUGUCUUGCACAAUGACCAAUCCGAUUUGGUUUGUGAAGACGCGGCUGCAGUUGGACGGACAGAAUGUCACAGCGUUGCAGUGUAUUAAAAGGAUAUACGCAAAAACGGGUAUUAGGGGUUUCUACAAAGGUAUAACAGCUUCGUACAUGGGCAUCAGUGAGACUGUGGUUCACUUCGUGCUGUACGAGGGUGUAAAGGCGAGACUGAUGGCAGCGAGGAGCGUGGACGGAGUGCCCAGCGACCAGCGCUCUCCUAGAGACUUCCUCGAGUUCAUGGGAGCCGGAGCUUUCUCAAAGACAGUCGCUUCUUGCAUUGCGUAUCCACACGAAGUCGCAAGAACACGGCUCAGAGAGGAAGGUAACAAGUACCGCAAGUUCUGGCAAACGCUGCAUACAGUACUGAAGGAGGAGGGAUACCGAGGAGUCUAUAGGGGCUUAGGCACACAAUUAGUACGUCAGAUACCAAACACGGCAAUCAUGAUGUCAACAUACGAGGCAGUCGUCUAUCUACUGACUACACAUUUUAAUAGUUCCUUCUAUGAGAACACUUAG